AUGAUCAAAAGUCGAGGUCGGUCAUCUGACAUUUCCUUGGAUUCUGGUUCGAAAACCCUUUUUAGCUAUUCUUGUUGGUACGAGAAGGAUACGGAAGACGUAGCACCCACGGAUUAC